UAGCAAAAUAUAUAAUAUAUUUUACCUAGGUUUCAGUUUCAGUUGCAAGUUUCAAGUUUCAACAAAACAUUUUGUUAUGGAAGAUAAGAAGCAAAAUGACCCAAACAACACUCCAAACCAACAUGGUUCCGAGAAAAAUGAACCGGUUAGGUCAAGGUGGACACCAAAGCCAGAACAAAUUCUCAUACUUGAAUCCAUCUUCAACAGUGGCAUGGUGAAUCCACCAAAAGAAGAAACAAUCAAAAUAAGAAAACUUCUUGAGAAAUUCGGUAACGUCGGCGACGCCAACGUCUUUUACUGGUUCCAGAAUCGGCGGUCUAGAUCUCGGCGUCGACAACGACAGAUGCAACAAGCCACACUUGAGCAAAGAAAUCAGAUGUUGAUGAAGCAGCCUCAACAACAUGUUGAUGAUGGUGCACAUGCAAAUAUAGCAUGUGAUGUGGUUCAAAAAAUGGGGUUUGGUGGUUCUUCCUCUUCUUUAAAUGAUUCUUUGGGUUCUUCAUCAUGUGUUGCUGUUCAACAAGGCAUGGAUGGUUUCUUUUCACUUUCUUCUCAAAUGCCUUUCCAUGGAAUUCAUCAAACUUUAGCUGGAUCAUCACUUUUUUCUCCACCUCUUUCUCCUAAUUUUAACUAUCAGCCUGGAUAUGGAGGUAGUAGUGUUACAGGAAUGAUAACAGUGUUUAUCAAUGGAAUUGCAACAGAAGUUCAAGCGGGACCAAUAGACAUGAAAACAGUGUUUGGAGAAGAUGUUAUGUUACUUCAUUCCUCUGGUGUGCCACUUCCUACAAAUGAAUUUGGCUUCUUCAUUCAGUCCUUGCAGCAUGGUGAAAGCUACUUUCUGGUAUCAAAACCAUGACAAGUAUGAAUGGAUCAAGCUGUAAUGCUACAGUGGAAGCUUCCUAUACGCGUUUCACUGAUUGCUGCUCCUCUUGCAACUAUUAGUAAUGUCAUAUAUGGGGUCAAAAUAAUAGAUAUAUCUAUCUAUGUGUGAUAUAUUCCUCUUGUAUUAAAUAUAAAACAAAGUUAGUCAAUAAAA